AUGCUGAAACUGUGUAAGAAAGACAUACCCCACACCUUGGAGGCUCCAUCUGACAACGUGCCUCCAAUUUUCAGCCUGCUAGACAGCAGUCAUCAGCCCCGCUGGAGCAAUGAACACCUGGACGAGCCGCUGCCACAGCCGCUCUCUCCACUGCAGGACCGCCUGCUGGAGGCCGAGCUGGAGGGAAGGAUGAAUGCCUUACCUCAGCUGUUCAGAGAGAAAGUUGAAAAAGAGGAUGUGAAGCUUGAAGUUGCCAACAUUCCCCAUCAACAUGAACAGGAAGAAGACAUCCUCCAGAUGACAGCAGUAGUGGUGACUCCAUCUCCUGACACACUAUCUGAACCAGCUGCUGAGCCAGCUCUAUUCCAAGAGACAGAUCAAAGAAAGUCUAGUGAGCCAAACAUUCAAGAAGCAAAGAAACUCUCCCAGAUACUAAGUGAGUUGCAAGUGUCACAUGCACAGACCUCACUGGAACUAGAAAAGACAAGAGACAUGCUUCUUCUGCAGCGCAAAAUCAACGUGUGCUAUCAGGAGGAAUUGGAGGCAAUGGUGACAAAAGGUGAUAAUGAAAAUAGGGAUCACAAAGAAAAACUGGAGAGGUUGAACCAACUCCUGGACCUCAAGAACAACCGUAUAAAGCAGCUGGAAGGUAUUUUACGAAGCCACGGUCUUCUGACAUCUGCACAGCUGAAAGAUGUUGCUUAUGGCACUCAACAGUUGUCAUUAUGUCUGGAAACACUGCCAGCCCAUGGAAAUGAGGAGGAAGUGGACAUGUCUCUGCUGCAUCAGAGUGAGAAUCUUUUUGAACUGCACAUCCACCAGGCAUUCCUGGCAUCUGCUGCCCUGGAACAGGCUGGAGAUCCCCAACCUACCACUUUCUGCACUUACUCCUUCUAUGAUUUUGAAACCCACUGUACCCCUCUUUCUGUGGGGCCACAGCCCUUCUACGAUUUUACCUCUCAGUAUGUGGUGGAGACAGGUUCCUUUUUCUUGAACUACCUUCAAGGAGCUUCAGCCCGGCUUGAUCUCAUCCAGGCUGUGGCAAGUGAGCACCAUAUCCUUGCAAGUGGGUGGAUUUCCUUUGACAAGGUGCUAGAGACUAUGGAGAAAGUCGAUGGCUUGGCCACACUUACUGGAGCUGGUGGAGAAGACUUUGGGGUGCUAACAUACUGGAUGAGGCUGCGCUUGCCCCUAAAAUCCAGCCUACAGGCAUGCAAUAAACGAAAGAAAGCCCAGGCAUACCUGUCAGUCAAUAAAUGGAAAGCCUGGACAGCCCAGCAGGAUGAGUCCAGAUCAGAAGCUUGGAGCCCUCAGAAUGAGUUGCGGAUUGAGAUCACCAGCUGCUGUGGCCUUCAGAGUCGAUGGCCUGGACUUCAGCCCAGUCCAUAUGCUAUGUACCACUUCUUCACUUUUUCUGACCAUGAUACAGCCAUCAUUCCAGCCAGUAACAAUCCAUACUUUAGAGACCAAGCUCGAUUCCCAGUGCUUGUGACCUCUGACCUGGACCAGUAUCUAAGGCUGGAGGCCCUGUCUAUAUAUGUUUUUGAUGAUGAAGAUUCAGAACCUGGCUCCUAUCUUGGCAGAGCCCAAGUGCCUCUCCUGCCUCUUGCUCAAAACAAAUCUAUUGAAGGUGAUUUUAACCUCACUGACCCUGAGGAGAAGUCCAGUGGAACUAUCCAAGUGCAACUGGAGUGGAAUUCUCACUACUUGCCCCCCAAGGGCUUCCUGACACCAGAAGCUGAAACUGAGGAAACAGACAAGAAAGGCAAUUUGGAGGUUUCAUGCCCGGAGGAAAAGACUUCUUUUCUUCCUCAGGACCAGACCACAUCUGCAGAAAUUCCCAUUAAGACUGAACAGAAUCAAACAAAGAGAAAACCCCCUCAGAUGGGAGACAGAAAGGAAAAAGAACAUCAGGUAGCCAACUACUCAAGAAGAAAACAUGCCAAAAGAACAGGCGUCCAAGGAAAAAACAGAAUGGAGUAUCUGAGUCGUAACAUCUUAAAUGGAAAUACAUUACAACAGGUGCAUUACUCUGACUGGAAGUUCUCAGGGCUCAAGAUGGGCAUGGAUGAUGAUCUGAAAACUCUGAACCAAGAAGAGGAAAUGACAUUAUCCCAUUCAGCACUGAAUCAGGAAGAGUCCCCAUAUACUGGAAGUGAUCAAGACACGUGUGAACAAGCUUCUGAAGUCAGCGAAGCACAAACAACAGACAGUGAUGACAUCAUAGUGAUACCCCAAUCUCAGAAAUGUCCUAAAGCUGACUCAGAGAAGAUUUGCAUUGAAAUUGUCUCCCUGUCCUUCUGCCCAGAGGCUGAAGUGAUGUCUGAUGAGAACAUAAAGCAGGUGUAUGUGGAGUAUAAAUUCUACGACUUGCCUCUGUCAGAAACAGAGACUCCAAUGUCCCUGAGGAAACCGAGGGCAGGAGAAGUAAUCCACUUCCACUUUAGCAAGGUGAUAGACCUGGACCCAGUGGAGCAACAAGGCCGAAGGCAGUAUCUGUUUGCCAUGCUGCACGCUGAAGACCCUGAUGAGGGAUGGUUAAAAUUUACCGUGGUAAGUGAUCCUUUGGAUGAAGAAAAGGAAUGUCAAGAAGUAGGAUAUGCAUAUCUUGAGCUGUGGCAGAUCUUUGAAUCAGGAAGAGAUAUCCUAGAAGAAGAACUAGAUAUUGUCAGCCCUGAAGACCAGGCUGUUCGAAUAGGAAAGCUGAAGGUUUCCCUUCAAGCAGCUGCAGCCCUCCAUGGUAUUUAUAAGGAGAUGACUCAAUGA